CUUCUUGUUUCUCUUUCCUCAAAGUGCGUUGAGUGAGUACCGGCGCCACUGCAGCCCAUAGAAGGACGUGCGCGAUCCGCUAUACCGCAGUGCCCAUCGGUGACAGUGCUUUUUCGCCAUUCAACGCUUCGAUGAUUCGCCGCCUGACGCUGCCUGCUCGCCACAGCUGAAAGGAUACCGCACACAAUUCGCCAGUCAUGUUGUUCACCCAACACCUAUUUAUUAUCAUUAUCGUGGGCGUUGCCCUCAUCACCUGCUGCCAAUCGUCUGCUGCUGAAAAGGAAGAGAGCUUAAGGAAAGCACCGAAAAAUGAAAGGCGACCAGCUACUAGAGUAGAGCGCUCAGCUGCACCCUACGGCGACGACGAACCUCCGCCGGCUGCCACCGAACCGAGGAAGAACAGUGAGUCAAAAUCACGGGUCAAGCGCACGCGCAUAUUACCCUAUCGGUGGGCGCGACAGGCGCCACCUGCUGUCCCCGUCGGAUGGCCACAGUACCAAGCUCAAACGGGCACCUACCAGCAGUCCUGGUACACCGACUCAUCGGGCCGGGUCGUUACUAGCGAUCAGGUGAACGACCGUCGACUCCAGCCGUCGGCACCGGCGAUCACAUGGGUCUCCGGACCAAGCGGUCCCCUGCCACCGGGAGCUCCGGUCCCACCGGGUUUGCACGAAGCGAUAACAAAGCUAAUAGCUGGCGCCGUGAACCCGGCGGUAGCCGGACCCCAAGUAAUUCCGGCGGCGCCGGUCGGAGGCGAUGGACCAGUGGGCCAACCAGGAGCGCCCGCACAGCAGCCGUACGGAGUGGUUGGCGGAGCUCAGCCCGUCAUUCCGGGAGUCGUUGGGAUCCCAGACAGCGCGGCUACCGUACAGGACGAGGCCGAGCAGGAGAUUAACAGGCCGGAGAGAUCCCAGAAACCCGACCAGGGCACGCAGGACGCCAGGGAUGGCGUGCAACCGAAGCUGGUGCUCUCUUUCAAGAAGGGAGUGCACCCUAAGGAGGAAGACGAAGAAGAUGUGAAGGAUGAGAAGGAGGAAAGGUUACCCCGAAUGCCGCCUUGGCAAGAUGGAGGCUUCGUUCCUCCGGGCCACGGUGGUGUACCGCCAGGUCACGGUGGAGUUCCGCCUGGCCACGCGAAAGGGGGCGGUGGUAAAAGGAGGAAAGGCCCCCACGGACGUGGCGGUGGUCGCGGAGGUGGUCGCGGUGGUGGCCGUGGCGGCGGUCCCCACGGUGGUCCCCCCGGUGGUGAUGACUGGGACUACUACGACACCCAAGAAGGCCGCGGAGGACGGGGUCCUCCACGCGGUGAUUAUCCCGACCCAGGACCCGGAGACCACGGCCCUGGGGGCCAUCCACCAGACCCCUACCCCAGACCACCACCACAAAAACCACAGCCCAGGCCACCUCUCGAGGAGAGACCACUACAGCGGCCUCCGCCACCGCAAGACCAGUACCAAAAUCCGCCGCCGCAACAGAGGCCGCCGGUGCAGAGACCCACUGCGCCGCUUCCGUACGACCCGAACGAGCCUGAGGAACAGCCUGAGGACAUUCCCGCAGGCGGAGGACCGUCGCAGAGUCCAAACUUGCGAGACUUGCAGCCGCUGUGCGGAGUCCGGAGUCUCGCGUUUGCGGAAGACAAGUCCAGCGACUACCAGACGGUGCCUUUCAUCGUGGGCGGUAACGUGACGUCACACCGGAGCUGGCCGUGGAUGGCAAAACUUGAAGUUCUCAAUCCGGACGAGAUAACAUACAAAUUCCUCUGUGGUGGCAGCCUCAUCAGUGCCCGCUACAUGAUCACCGCUGCGCAUUGCUUCAGUCCAAUACCAGAGCGGGCGCAGAACUAUCGCGUGGUGUUCUUCUCCCCUCGGCCGGGCUUCACUCUGGAGCGCAUCGUGGAGAAGAUCAUCAUCCACGAGAAGUACAACAGCUACUCGCACUACUACGACAUCGCGGCGGUGCGUUUCAACCGCGACUUGCUGCGGCCCUUCAUGCCCAUCUGCCUGCCCACGCCCUCAUUCACCAGUCGAGCCCUCGUCGACCAAGAGGCGUACGUCAUCGGAUGGGGAUCUACGAAAUUCGGUGGGCCCAGCAGCAAGGAACUUCGCGAGGUGUCACUGCCCAUCUGGUCGAACUCGGAGUGCAAGAAGGUCUACGACCCGCUCAACUCGCAGCACAUCGACCGAGGCAUCACGCCGCAACAGCUCUGCGCUGGCCGCAAGGAGGGCGGCGUCGAUGCAUGCCAGGGCGACUCCGGUGGGCCCCUUAUGGUGCUAGACAGCAACAAGAGAUGGACCCUCGUGGGCAUCGUCUCGUUCGGACACUCGUGCGCAAGUCCGAACUUCCCUGGAGUGUACACGCGGACGGACUCCUACCUCGACUGGAUACGACAGAACGUCAAUUUCACGGCGUGACCUACUGCUGUCGCGGCAUCUUAGGAUCUUCAUAAUUUGUUUCUUUUGAAAA